AUGCUCGGCCUGUGCCUUUACGUCCCUGUGUCUAACUCGGACCCCAUUGAAGUGGAAUAUUUUGAGUCUAACGGACUGCCGUCGGAGCUGAAGUCUCUCUUUAACAAAUUGAGCGUGUUCCUGCCGUCCCAGGAGUUUUCAACAUACCAAAAGUGGCGAAUGAAAACCUUAAAAGGGGAGGAAAAUGAGUCAGAUGGACAGCUGGACUUUGAGGAGUUUGUUCACUAUCUGCAAGACUAUGAGAAAGACCUGAAGCUUGUGGUGAAAAGCAUCGACAGGAAGAAUGCUGGCCGCAUCGAUCCUAAGGAGUUCAUGCAGUCUCUUCAGGACCUCGGUGUGCAUAUUUCCCCACAGCAUGCGGAAAAAACCCUUAAAAGCAUGGAUAAGAAUGGUAUGAUAACUAUCAGCAGUAAAGACUGGAGCAACUACCCCAUGGUUGAGAAGACGGAGAACAUUCCUGAGAUCAUCCUGUACUGGAAACACUCCACGAUAUUUGAUGUGGGUGAGAACCUGAUGGUGCCUGAUGAGUUCACCAUAGAGGAGAAGCAGACUGGGAUGUGGUGGAGGCAUCUGGUUGCAGGUGGAGGAGCUGGAGCUGUUUCAAGGACCUUUACAGCCCCCCUGGACAGACUCAAAGUCAUGAUGCAGGUUUAUGGAUCCCGGACCAACAACAUGUGCAUCAUGACUGGGAUGAUGCAGAUGAUCAAAGAGGGUGGAAUGAGGUCUUUGUGGCGCGGCAACGGUGUGAACAUCAUCAAAAUUGCCCCCGAGUCGGCCCUCAAGUUCAUGGCAUAUGAGCAGAUCAAACGUUUAAUUGGCAGCGAUAAGGAGACUCUGAGCAUCGUGGAGCGCUUUGUUGCAGGGUCUCUGGCUGGAGUGAUCGCCCAGAGCACAAUCUACCCCAUGGAGGUCCUGAAAACUCGUCUUGCUCUGAGGAAGACCGGGCAGUACUCUGGUAUCUCAGACUGUGCCAAGCAGAUUUUCAGGAGGGAAGGACUUGGAGCAUUUUAUAAAGGCUACAUCCCCAACAUGCUGGGUAUCAUCCCUUAUGCAGGCAUCGACCUGGCAGUGUACGAGACGCUGAAGAACAGCUACCUGCAGCAAUACGGCACCAACAGCACUGACCCCGGCGUGGUUGUCCUGCUGGCCUGCGGCACGGUGUCCAGCACCUGCGGUCAGCUUGCCAGUUAUCCUCUGGCUCUGGUUCGCACCCGCAUGCAAGCACAAGCUGCGACAGAAGGCAGCCAGCAGGUGACGAUGUCCGGUCUCUUCAGGCAGAUCCUGCAGAACGAGGGCCCCACAGGGCUUUAUAGAGGCCUGGCCCCCAACUUCCUCAAAGUCAUCCCUGCAGUCAGCAUUAGCUACGUGGUGUACGAGCACCUGAAGACACAGCUGGGAGUGACAUCACGCUGA